AUGGAUACUAAGGGCAGAACCACACGAAGAAAGUUGCUACUUCAAGCAAAAGGUAUCGAUAAAAACUGUACCACCCCUUCCGGAGAUACCGCGUUGAUGGUGGCGAUUCGCGCCGACGCUAUGAAUUUCGUCCGUCUUCUUUUAAAGUACGGAGCGGACGUUAAUAAGGCAAACCAUUUCGGUAGAACGCCGUUACACUUGGCUUCGUACCAAAAAUCUUUGGAGAUGAUUACCGGCCUGCUUUUGCAUCGCGCCAAUCCGAACGUGGAAGACGCUUUCGGUAAUACUCCGUUAUGUUGGUGCAUGUUGGAGUCUCCCGACGUGCAAGUCGCCAGGCGAUUGCUUAAGUGGGGAGCGAAUCCAGACUUCAGGACCAUCAAACCUUAUCCGUUGUUGUUAGAAUUAGCGCUGAACUGCAAAUGCGAAGGCGACAUCGCUAUGAUCGAUAUUCUUCUGGAGUUCGAAGCAGAUAUAAAUAUUCGCGGCGAAGUUUCGAAGUUCACUGCACUUCACGUAGCUUCCAUAACGGGAUAUCUGCCAUUGGCCAAGUUUCUUUUGCAGAACGGAUCUCAGAUUGAUUCGGUCGACGUUACCAAGCGAAGCCCUCUUGACGUGGCAACUGAUCACGGACAUACGGAAUUGGUCGCGUUCUACAGAAGUCGUCUGUUCGAAAUCGAGAGACGUGCAAGGAUCGUAGCCACCGCAAGUUCCUUAAAAAGAAAAUCGGCAGCGGAUACACAACUAUCUAAAACUGUCACGUUUGAUCGUUUGCUAUGA